AAAUUCGAUUAAUGGAAGUGAUCAUUGCAGUGGUAUUUCUUGUCAACGAGCCAUGCUCUUCAUCGAGACAUGAAGUAAGAAUGCAACUCCCGCAAUGUACCGGAAUUUUCAAUAAUAAUCCAGCAGAAAUCGCUUUAAAAAUUGGAUUUACAGAACUGAACAAAAUUGGUCACUUUGAAAAUCUGUCCACAAUUUCAAAGCAAUGUCAAGUCGAUAAUAAUUAUUAUUCUGUAGAAACAAGCCAUUGUAGUAAUGCUCAGCUUUCAGAUGGCUACACGAUCAGCAACACAAAAAUACAGAUUUCAUUGCUCGGUUUUUUUUUCUCACAGCUGCGAAAUCCAGGAUACGACUUUGUGCGCAUAAUCCCGCUUAUGAAUCUCAGCGGAGAACAUUAUGCUAUAAGUAAGAAUUCUUCGAUAUGAAU